GACGCACCAAAGCAGAACGCUGCGCCUCUCUGAGCGCAUCUUCUUUCCCGGCUGCUGGUGGAAAGGCGAGCACUGGAUCUGUCCCAGUUUCAGAUAUUCAUCCCACUGGACUGUGUUAUUAGUUGAGUCUGUCGAUUUUGAGUCCCUCCAACUUUUCUGAGCUUCAUCUUGAGGCGCAACCGGGGAACUAAACCUAAUCCCAUAUAUUGGCGACGGCGCACUUAAUAUCACACAUUACGAUCAAUCUCUAGUGCCAAUGAAGGUGGUUACAGAUGUGCUGAUCCAAACUUCGCUCUAAUUAUAGUCUUUGGAAAGCUAAUGGAGAGUGAAACCACUUUUUCCUCGUUGUGAAAUUCUUUUUAUCCGCCGAUGAUGGACGGCGGACAGUCACCGGGGACUUUCACAUCUGACUGUACGUCUUUUACCAACACAUGAGAAGAGGAGUUAUGAUUUCCCCAAUGAACACCAGGAGCAUAUCAGGCAACAGCAGUGCGAUGGCGAUUAGAAAUGGGUCAAAGAGGCAACAUCAUGCCAAGCCCAUUUUUAUUCUGCUCCUACUCAUUUUCACACCCAGAGUUGAUUCAUCGUGGUGGUACAUCGGAGCACUGGGUGCUCGGGUGAUCUGUGACAACAUUCCCGGCCUGGUGAACAAGCAGCGGCAGCUCUGCCAGCGGCACCCGGACCUGAUGCAGUCCAUUAGCGAGGGGGCCAACGAGUGGAUCAAAGAGUGCCAGCACCAGUUCAGAUACCACCGCUGGAACUGCAGCACGCUGGACCGCGAUCACACUGUGUUUGGCAGGGUGAUGUUGCAAAGCAGCAGAGAAGCAGCAUUUGUUUACGCCAUUUCUUCAGCUGGAGUGGUCUACGCCAUUACAAGGGCCUGCAGUCAGGGCGAUCUUAAAAUCUGCAACUGUGACAGUCUCAAGCGGGGUCAAGCAAGAGACGACAAGGGCUACUUUGACUGGGGUGGCUGUAGCGAUAACAUCAACUAUGGCAUCAAAUUUGCCAAGGCCUUCGUGGAUGCUAGAGAAAAGAUGGUGAAGGAUGCGCGAGCGCUGAUGAACCUCCACAACAACCGAUGCGGUCGGAUGGCAGUGAAGCGCUUUAUGAAGCUGGAGUGCAAGUGUCACGGGGUCAGUGGUUCCUGUUCUCUGAGAACCUGUUGGCUGGCUAUGUCUGACUUCAGGCGAACCGGGGACUACCUUCGGAAGAAGUACAACACGGCCAUUGAAGUGACGAUGAACCAGGAUGGGACUGGCUUUAGGGUGGCUGACAGGGACUUCCAGGGAACCACCAAGAAUGAACUGGUGUAUGUGGAGAACUCCCCAGAUUACUGUGUCAGGGACCGGAUGGCAGGCUCUUUGGGGACAGCUGGCAGAGUGUGCAACAAGUCCUCAAGAGGCACAGAUGGCUGUGAGGUCAUGUGCUGUGGACGAGGCUACGACACCAUGCGCGUCAAACGUGUUACCAAGUGUGAAUGCAAGUUCAAGUGGUGCUGCGCAGUGGAGUGCAAAGACUGUGAGGACGUAGUGGACAUUCACACCUGCAAACCGCACAAGAGGCCCGAUUGGUUGGACAUAACUUAGCAAAAAGGCAUGGCCAAAAACAGCCGGAAUAGGCUCAAGGACUUGCUCUAAAGAUUCCUAUAAGUGGGAUCUUGUGACUGCAAAGGCUUUGUCGUUUGAUGCUUUGAUCCUUCUCCAUGCAAGGACCUCCUAAACCUUGAGAGGAGGAAAGAAACUGGAAAAGAAGUGCAUUGAACAGUUUACAACAAGACCAUUUAUGACACUUUUGUUAUUAAAUGGUUGAAUAUAUUAUAAAACUAUUAUAUUUAGAUCUUUGACACAAUGCAUUCUUAUCUGAAGAUGGGAGACAUAGCCAUAAUAACAGAAAUACCGGAUCUAAAGUAACAGAAGAAAAGUGCUGCUGACAAUGUCUCAUUUAUAAUUGACGAUAGACAUGCAUGUUGUUGUUUUUAGUCUAGAUAUCUGAGAAUUGGAAAUGUAUUGGUUGGCAAAAUAGCUUACAUGGGGGCAGUAAAACCGAUAAUUUUAUCUUACAACAAAAAUCAUGUUUAGACAGUAUUGCCUUUCAGAGAUAUUGUAAUUGAUUAAUAAUUCAGGGUCAUAUGUUGCCAGAGCCUUAUCCAAUCCUGAGUAAGUAGUGGGAAGGUGAUUUCAGCGAGUGGCCAAAAAGUUGUUUCUUUUUUGUUUGAGGGAAUUUCUUGUUAACAAUUAUCAGGGAUGUUAAAGACAAGAGACUCUGAAAGACUAUGUUUUUGGCGGAAAUUAAGAUUUCUUUUUUUAUCCAGUUAUUAAGACUCAUUUGAGAAAACAAUGGUGAUCUCAUCUUAAGACAGUUUGUGACGAACCUUAUGAACUGUCAGUACUUUAUGAAGAAUGGAUUUGUCAUCAGUGGCUUAUUACAGUUCCAAAGCUGAGUAAGUUUAAACGCUAGAGAAGUUGGUGUCGAGUAGUUUUCAAUGUUCAUGCAUUUAAGGCUGCCUUAAAUAAUGACAAAAUGUGAAGCAAUAGAUUCUGGGAUUAAUUGCUGUUCAGGACAGUAGAAUAGACUGAAAACUGGUCCAUUUCCAAAAUUGGAAAGAACUUGUUUUAUUAUUAAUUAUAAAACUGCUUACCAUUAAACAUUUUUUGCAAGUAGCUCCCAACCAACUCAAAUUUAUCUGAUACAGGAAAAUUACAAGGGUACUACUGAUAUAAUGUAGCACAUACCUUUCAUGUUACCUCUAUAUGUAAACAGAAUUCUGAAAUAAAUAAAUUAUAAUAUUUCUAUCCAUCCAA